AUGGGUGGCGGCAACGGUGGCGGCGGCGGCGGUGCCUCGGGGGGAAUGAUGUGCGGAGGGGACCACACAGGGAGCGGGGGGCCCGGCCGUCCUGGCGUGGGGAGCUCGGUGCACUCGCUGUCCAUCGCCCUGCACCUCCGCGGGAAGCUCGGGGCUGCGGCGGCGGCUGCUGCGGCGGCGGCCGCGGCGGAGGCGGAGUCGUGCGGCAGGAAAGGGAAGAAGUGCCGGCGGAGUCGCACCGUCUUCACCGAGCUGCAGCUGCUCGGCCUCGAGAAGAAGUUCGAGAAGCAGAAGUACCUGUCCACGCCCGACAGGAUCGAUCUGGCCGAGUCCUUGGGGUUGAGUCAGCUCCAGGUGAAGACUUGGUACCAGAAUCGACGCAUGAAAUGGAAGAAGAUGGUGUUGCAGGGCGGAGGGUUGGAGUCGCCCACCAAGCCCAAGGGUCGUCCUCGCAAGAAUUCGAUUCCGACCAGCGAGCAACUGGAGGCGGAGGAACGGCAGCAGCAGCAACAGCAGCAGCCGCAGCAGCAACAGCCGCAACAGCCGCAACAGCAGCAACAGCAGCAGCAGCAACAACAGCAGCCGCCACCUGCCAGACGACCCGAACCCAGAGUCGAACCUGAGCCUCCGACAGUUUGCGGCUCCGUUGCGGCGGCUCCGUGAAUGCGAAGUCCACGCAGAUGAACUCAGCCGUGGUCUAAAGUCUGCGCUGAUGCUUCAAGCAAUAUGAUUGUGUAUACUGUGUAUAUACCUGUGUGUGUGUGGGCUUGUGGUGGCACCAACGCGCUCUGAACCCAUACCACGAGGUGCACCUAGCCUGGCACAAGCACCGUCACUUCGCGGUCGAAUGGCUGGGUGCUGUUGCCGUUGUGAUCGUUGCUACGACCGACCUGAGUGACUGGUGGACAAUUCAGCCCAUCAUCUCUAUAUCAGGCGCGGGGGUCGAUAAAUCGAGUACCACUUUGUGAGAGGCAAACGGCGCUUGUGUUUCUAGACAAGCAGAGACUUUGCCACAGCUAGAGAAAGAGCUGGAACCUUCCUACAACAACGCAACCCCCCCCCCCCCCCACACACACACACGCGACAUCCCCCUCCAACGGAAAUACAGUAUACAGGUAGGUAUAUGUAACGGGACAACACACACGGGCACACAAUGCGCGUGUGCUUGUAUAAAUACCGACUGUAGAAGAUACAAAGGCGGUGGAGGCGGGCGGCGGGGGGGGGGAACUGGUGAGGGUUGGAGGUUAGCGGACUGUGAUGACAGCGGUCUCUGCUGUGCCUGCCAUUUGUUCGGUGACCUGGUAAAGGUUGUGAGGACUCCCCGGGGCCUUUGUCGCGGGAUCAUUAUUUUUUCGCGAAGCAAGAGAGAAAGAGAGAGAAGAAAAGAGAAAUAUAUUGAACGCCGCGGAUAGAGACGCGAGCUAGAAUAACACACAUGUCGUCGUUUUGUGCGUGUGUGUGUGAGAUAACCACCUCGUUGGCAGCGGUGUACAAACAACGAAAAACGCUCAACGCAUUCGUCGAAAACACUGCUGCCAGAAAGAAAGACCAAAAGAAGACACGUCAUCGGCGACGUUUCGGGCAAUGGGCCCCUCUUCUGUUAACAGCAGAGCGAUCGAAUCGACACAGUGAGGAUUCAGUGUGACUAAGGGGUCACGGGUGAUGGACCUUGAACUCUGACGUUCGACUCGCAAGAGGCGACCCGGAGUUUCGUUAUAUUAUCUCGGUCGUCUCUCCACUUGUUACGAAUCUUUUUUGGUGCGAUCGUUUUACUUCUGGCAGCGGAGAUUCGCGGUUAUCCCUACCACGCGACCUCCGAAGAACAUUUCGUCCGUCCACUCCCCCCCUGGUCUCUGUGCACCACUCGAAUGAAGACGAGGUCUCGGAGGUGGCUCUGUGAUAUCCCAUUCCGCGGGACGUUCUCUCACAACACGGGAGGUCGGGGAUGGAGCCUUCGUCUCGUCACUUCACUCCGAGAGCAACAAUCGUCAUAAAAUUGAGGGGCAGGG